AUGACAACACAAAUUCAACCUUUUCGUCAAUAUCCUCGUUAUAAAGUUAGCGUAUUAUCACCUUCGAAUGAAAAGAUAUCAUCAAAUAAUGCUACAGCUACACCAUCAGAUGUUAAUUUGAUGUCUUCAUCUUCAAAGCCAAAGAAAUUUCUAUGGCCAACUCUUUUCUGGAUUGUUUUGGGCACAUUAAUAUUUCUUGCCUUAGUUAUUGCUGUUGUAGUACCUAUUGCUGUUUUAGCCAAUAAAGGUGAUGCAACGAAUACAACGGUUUCUACAAUAUGUCCGACAACAGCAAUUACGACUACAGUAACUGCUAGUUCACUUCCUGCUCAAUGUUCUAAUUAUACAUCAAUUACAGAUGACACACGAAGUCCGGACUAUACAGUAUUGAGUACUUGUGAUGAUACAAUAUUUUCAACGACACCAAUGUGGGUUCGUUUUACUGGAUCAAGUGGAACUCUCAUAGCCAGUUGUCCUAUUGAUACAGAUCGAUGUGGAGCAGCAGCUCCUGGUUGGUAUAGUGGAGUUUAUCCAUCUUGGGCUGGUUCUGUUACAUCUGGUUUCGUCUGUUAUAAUUAUAAUGGAGAUUUAUGUUAUUGGACAAGUUGGAUUUUAGUAACUAAUUGUAAUGGAUUUUAUGUAUAUUAUUUGUAUGCACCACCCACAUGUAUUUUAAGAUACUGCACUAUAUAA